AUGAGUUCGAGUUUGAUUAGUACAAGCAACGGCAGUCCAGCUUGUGGUGAUCAUCACUUCACAUCCGAGCCAACGUCCAUCCAUUCAGCUUUAAUUGAAGAAAUUCAUGAUAUUCCAAUGAAGGACAUCAGCCGACCAUUACCAUCAACUCUCGACGAAACAAAAGUGGAAUCAAUAAUCGAAACGAUUCAAACGAUGAAUUCAGAUCGAUUACCACCGAUUGAUGUUCUAUGGUACGAAGCACCAAACUCAGGAAACAAUUAUUACUUUGCGAUGGGUGGUUGUCAUCGUUGGGAAGCUCAUAAACGUUUGAAUUUACCAACGAUUCGUGCGAAACUUAUACAAACGACAUUAAACGAUUUGAAAGUUUAUUUUGGUUCAUCGUUCUUUAAUUUACAAUAA